AUCUCAUAUGAUGCAUUUAAUCACAUUCUUCAGAACACCUUUGGCACGAUCAGCACAGGCUAUACAAUCUACCCCCAGUAUCCUGUAGGACACGAGUCAAUCAAUUUUGUUACCACAUUUCUGAUAAUGGCACAAGCUAGCCCCGUCUUUUUUGUGGAGGUCAAACCACCCAGUGAUGCUAACAGUGCUUUGAAGAGGUACAAAGCAGACAACCAAAUGAGGAGGAGGUUU